AACACCCAACAUGCACAACAUCGAACUUUUUGGAGUCGCCUCACUAGCACUGCGGACUACAGUCAGCGACUAGCACUGACACUCCGUGUGCCUUCUCGUCAAGCCAUUUCCCCCAUCCAUAUUUUCUGCUUCUGCUGACUGUGUUGCCUUCGAUACACGAUGAAGGUACUAGCGUUGCUGGUGUGCUUGCUGGUUUACGUUGGGUGUUCGGAGGCACACGUCUACGAGCCAUGUCCUGCGGGUUGGAUGAGCUUCGGCUCGUCCUGCUACCGAUAUUACGGCCAGGUCACCAACCAGAUCACGGCUGAGAACAUCUGCAGGCAGUUCUCGGGCUGCAGCGGGGGCAUCGGCCACCUGGUCUCCCUAAACACCGCCGCGGAGGACACCUUCAUCUUCAAUUACAUAAAGGGCCUGACGGGCACCAACAUCCCGCCGCAGUCCUGGCUGGGCGCCCGCAGGAUGCCGGGCUCCAGCCGCUGGAUGUGGAGCGAUGGCACGGAGAUCACCUACAGCACGUACAACGGCUUUCCCGGUCAGAGCAACCCGUCUGACCAAGGCAGGAAUUGCAUGAGCUAUUCCCCCGAAUCUCCACAGCCCCAGUGGUUGCAUAUCAACUGCGCUGCUCAGAGUCUUCCAUUCAUGUGUGAACUGCAAGCCAAUAUUCCCGAUCCGGUGACCUGUCCCACUGCUGGCAAUAAUCCUACCGGCCAGAACCCGAUGUCCCCACUACGGGCCCUGCCCUAUCGCUACAACAAGAAGGGGAACAUGGAACAGCGGCACUCAGGUUCCGUAAAGAACCCGAUCCAGAACCCGAUGUCCCCACCACGGGAACUGCCCUAUCGCUACAACAUGAAGGGGAACAUCGAACAGCGGCACUCAGGUAGAGCAUAAAGAACUCGGACAUACUACCCUAAACUAACACUAACUUUGUAGCAGAUACUUUUUUCUCUCCACCAACAAGGAGGCAAUGCAAGGCUCAGCAUCUCUCCAUACCAAACGAACAUUCGCCGCAGUAACAUUUUUGGCUAGUUUUCUACAGUAAGCUGCAGUAGUUGCUCGGAACGUUGUGGCAUGAACCCUCACCUCAUAACGAACUUUGACCUGACUUGGAACUUUGACCUUGCAACAUGAGAUGUUGAACUUGAAUUAGGCCUACCGGAGCCGAGGUUCAAACUGUGAGCCUGACAUCGAGGACCCUAGGUUAAAAACCUCAUUGAUGCCUCACUAACAUAUUCAAUGAGAGCCCGCAUAAAAUUAUCUUGUGUUUAAUGAAAUAAACCAAUCGAUAUUCAUACUUUUAAACCCUUACCCUAAUUAUUUAAUAUGUACCUAAACAAAAUGGACACACCACUGGUGAAAUUCUUGAGGUAAAAGACUACGACAAAUACGGUGCUACCCUACUGGCAGCAGUGAUGUUUAUGAAAUCCAUUUGUGAAUGUUUAUUUGAAAUUAUGUGACGCUGAAAACACCCAUUUGUCGGGAAUAAAACGACCGGUCUCAGAUAUAAAGUUCCGUUUCAGACCCCAAGGUGCACUGUAAGAGUUCAGUGUUUGUUAUUUGUUUCUGGGGGAUAUGGUAUUUCUGUGGAUAUUUGAGAAUAUAAUAGUUAAUAAAGUUUGAAAAAGGCGAAGAAA